UCUCUCCUCUCUCAAAAAGUCUGAAUUAUUGAAACAGCGCAGAGAGAGAAUGGAUCUAAUGAACGCAGUUCUGAACUUUGUGGUGCCGCCGGCAAGUCUGGUGAUGCUGGCUUUUGCAUGGCCGACUCUGUUUUUCAUUAGCACGUGUGAAUGGUUUUACAGUACCUACUUCAAACGUGACACCAUGGAAGAUAAAGUGGUUGUCAUCACCGGUGCUUCUUCCGGGAUCGGAGAGCAAAUUGCAUAUCAGUAUGCGAAAAAAGGCGCGAAUCUUGUAUUGGUGGCGCGAAGAGAGCAGAGGCUACGGGGCAUAAGCGAGAACGCAAGAAGAAUGGGGGCCCAGCAUGUGCUAAUUAUGGCUGCCGAUGUUGUUAAAGAAGAUGACUGUCGGAGAUUUAUCAAUGAAACUAUCAAUUAUUUCGGACGAGUGGAUCAUCUAGUGAAUACAGUGAGUUUAGGCCAUACUUUCUACUUCGACGAAGCUACAGAUACAUCUGUGUUUCCCAUUUUAAUGGAUAUAAACUUCUGGGGUAAUGUAUAUCCGACAUACGUAGCGCUGCCAUAUCUGCGUGAAAGCAACGGUCGUAUUGUUGUGAAUGCUUCCGUUGAGAAUUGGUUGCCGUUGCCAAGAAUGAGCGUCUAUGCUGCUGCUAAAUCAGCACUAAUGAACUUCUACGAGACACUGAGAUUCGAAGUGAAGGACGAAAUCGGAAUAACAGUCGCCACGCACGGCUGGAUCGGAACCGAAAUAACUGGCGGGAAAUUCAUGGUGGAGGAAGGCGCAGAUAUGCAGUGGAAAGAAGAAAGAGAAGUACACGUGUCUGGUGGGCCCGUGGAGGAGUUUGCGAGGCUAAUAGUGGAAGGGGCGUGCAGGGGAGAUCCGUACGUGAAAUAUCCGAGCUGGUACGAUGUUUUCUUCUUGUAUAGAGUUUUUGCGCCGAAAGUUUUGUACUGGACAUUUCGGUUUCUUUCGACGAAUGUUGGUGAGGGAAGAACUACUUCGUUUAUCGGAACUGGGAGGAAACUUCUAGAAGCUUCUUCCCCUCCGAGAAGACUUACCCUAGUGGCGGAGGGUUCUCCCGGAAGACUUACUAGCGGAAGUACUUCGACGUUUUCUCCAGCCAAACAGCAGAACAAGUAUGAGUGAAUGAGUGAUGAAUGAUUUUCUGUUUGUGUAUUCGCAUUUGCUACUUUUGUAAUGUUUGAACUAGUGUUUUUGAGAGCUGUAAUCGAGAUGAAUAAAGGUGGCGAAUUCCAAGAAACAUUGUGUGUUUUCUUUGUUUACAUUU